AUGCUGAUGGCAGCAAAACCACUGGAUCGCUGCUGGUCCCAGCUUGGUGGAGUUGGCCAUAUCCGGCGAGGAGACUUGGUGUUUUCAUCUUACUUGACUGAAAAUACCACGAACUUCAAUAGAUCCAACAUUUUCCAAACCAUCAACUGGCUCGACUCCUCGAGGGAGCUUGUCUCGUUGACUUUUCCCAAGUCCUCGUCUGGGUCAGCGACCUCUCCGGGAGGUGCUUCGGUUGAAACCAAGCUGCACGUAUUUGCAUUGUCCAUGUUACCGGUGUUGGACCACAGUUCACCUACAAUCCAAUUGGAGACGCAAUAUGCCCGCUCAACCCAGAAGUGGAUGGAAGGUACUGACAAAGUACAAAUCGUGGAAGUUCUCGUUAACAACCUUGGAUCUUCAUUUGCCCUACGGAAUAGUAGCGUGCGUGUUCACAUCGAGUCUCCGGGCCUUGAAACCGUGGGAGAGGGUGUAAUCCACCGUCUUGGACCCGGUGAUCAGGCCAUAGUCGAGGUUGGUGUUCGCAACCGCAAGGGCGUGACACCUGGAACCACUGGUCCAGCCACGGUUGUAAUUAAGGGUCGCAAUAUUGCAUCUGUCAAGUAUACAUUCCAGGCAACCUAUGGUAUUAGACUUUAUGAGGCUACCUAUGAGUCUAUUUACAGCCAUGAGUCGCCAACCUGGUAUAAUGAUGCCAAGUAUGGGAUCUUCAUUCACUGGGGAACUUACUCAGUACCGGCCUGGGCCAAUACGGGCCCCAGAGAAAGCUAUGCGGAAUGGUAUUGGUGGUGGCUCGGCCAAGGGCCGAAUUAUCCAACUGACGUAUACGACUACCAUCUGGAGAAAUACGGUCCAGAUGUCGUGUACGACGAUUUCAUCCAGAACUUCACUGCUGAUGCCUGGAAUCCGAAAGAAUGGGUAGAUCUCUUUGCCGAUGCCGGUGCCAAUUAUUUCGUCCAAGUCAGCAAGCAUCAUGAAGGGUAUGCAUUGUUCGAUCUUCCGGAGAACGUGACGAAGAGGACUUCCGUGGCUAUGAAACCACACAGAAACUUGAUCCAGGAACUAUUCGAUGCAGCAAAAAAGUACCAGCCACAGCUCCACCGUGCAGUGUACUAUUCUUUACCGGAGUGGUUCAACCCCGAUUAUAGGAAAUAUGGCUUUUCCAGUUGGCCAGGGGGGAACGCCACUGACCCAUUCACAAACAAAACUUUACCGUAUACAGGAUGGGUGCCGGUCAAUGACUAUGUUACCGACAAGGUGCUUCCCGAGAUGAACACCCUAGCCGACAUGGGUACGGAGAUUAUGUGGUGUGAUAUUGGUGGACCUAAUCGGACUCUUGAAUUUGCAUCGGAAUGGUUCAAUCGGGCGGCCAAAGAAAACCGCCAGGUCGUCAUGAAUUCCCGCUGUGGUCUUCCGGGCGACUUUGAUACGCCAGAAUAUGCUUCCUACCACGGCGUGCAGCUUGUUGACAUUGUCAGCAAGAACGGAAACUUACUUCUCGACGUUGGUCCUACUGCAGAUGGAACGAUUGUAGAUGUGGAGCAAAAUCAUCUGCGUCAGGCUGGUACUUGGAUCAAGAGCCAUGCCGAGGCCAUUUUCAAUACUACUUAUUGGUUUGUUACCCCCGAAGAAGGAAACGAGGUCAGAUUCACUACGUCACAAGAGGCGUUCUAUAUUCACAACCUCACCAAACCUAACGGCACCCUGACCCUGUCAAGUCCCGUUCCUUACGUGCAUGGUGACCAAGUUACGGUCGUGGGAGGAAAGAUGCAUGGAACAGUCGUGCCGAGCAGAAAGGACAGUAAUGGCUCCGUGACUUUGUCCAUCAGCAAGGACAUUGCAGCCGCUGACCGAUUCGCCUGGGUGUUUAAGAUUUCGUACUAG